AUGGCUGAGCCAACAGAAUUUAUAAGAAUAGAACGGGAUUAUUCUCUUGGCGACGGCAUCACGAAAUUCUCAUUAGAAUAUCCGCAGGAACUCCACGGCAAGAUCACUGAAGAACAGCUGCGAUACACCGUUAUGACCAUCAACGAUAUUAUGCACAACGCUGAGCGUUUAUCCAAUAAUGUCUUCGAUAAUGUCAUGGAGAUAUUGACCAUAUACCUUUGGCCAAUGUUCUUCUCCACUCACUACCAGCGGUCUGUCAAGCGGUUAAUGAGCUUUAUAGACGACGAAAAUAAGAAUGUCUAUAACAAGCAUGGCCUAACCAUCGCUAACCCUAUCAAAAGUGCCUUCCUCUUUGUAAGUUCCCUCCACCGUGUCUGA